AUGAGGAGCAACAAUGUGGGAAAUUCUGAGAAGAUAGGCUUACUUAUCUUCAUGAACACUUUGAUAACUGGUACUCCUGCAGAGAGAGUGGUUUAUGUACUUUUUUUUUCCCUUUUAACAGUGAAAUAUGCCAGGAAAGACACCUAUAGUUGUUUUUUCAAGAGAUGCAAAUGUAGACACGAGUGCCAUGAUUUUGAAAAAAAAUAA